CGCGUAUCUGAAGCAUUGACCCAAGAAAAUCUGUCCCGUUGGAGCCUAAAUGCAACAUUGUCUUAGAGAGAAUUGGUGAACUGUGGAUUCCCUGUUAUUUGCCAAACCCCCCUAAAUUGCCUCCGGGCUGAACAAACAUUUUCAAGCUUCCUUUGACAAUCUAUCGAUUGUGAUAUGCACAGGAAAUGAACUCUUCACUAUAGGUUAACAUGGGAAUCAACAAAGAAAGAAUUUCUCACACGCCAUACCUCACCCUUGUUUACACUUUAACAUCAAAAGGCUCAGAUAACAACAGCAUCCCCAUGCCCCACUCCCUUGAUCUUAACAAAAAAUCCCCCCACGUCAGCCAGCCCUCAGCGGUGCAUUGUCAGACAAUUCGCGAUAUCCACACCCCUGGGAACUGCCCUUCGUCGCACUUAGGCCCCAAGCGCCCUCUUAUUCAAUCCCAGUCGGUCAAAAUACCGCAAAAUCGCAACAACAAAAAAAAGGAAAUCUUGGUUUCCCCUUCAGCACCAACACCUCCACUUUUCGUGCCUGUCUGCACAAUAAUUCCCGCGUGAGCACGAUCGUGCUCUUCUCAUCUGCCGAUCCUGCAAGCCCACGACGGUACAGGUGGGGUUGUAAAAACUCUUCAACAAGCACAGCGUCAACGGGACGUUUCAUAUAACGAGACAUGUGCGACUGCGAGGGUGUGGAG